AUGGCAAAAUGCCUGUGUACUUUUUGGGGGGCUUUGAUCAACGAAAACCUAAUUUUCAUAGCGUUACUGGUUCUUCUAUGUGUGUUAGCGCUGCUCUUGGUGUUGAUCGUCAGCGUUACUAUUUGGCUAGCAAAAUUGCGUAACCGUGUAAACAGUAUUUCUAACAGAUGGAAAGAUUUCUGCAGACUUGAGGUUACUGAACAACCUUUGAUAUUCUCCAACAAAGACACUUCAGGUUCUAAUAGAAGUGAUCCUUGGAAGCGCCUUACCAGUUCUAAUGCCUACGCACCAUGGAUUGUCAGUGGGGAUGUAGACUUGAAGGAAACUUCAUUUGGCUGCUCUACAACAGUGGCAGAAGACGAGAGGUCCAUUCAUGGUAUCAACAUAGGAAACGAAAUAAAAGUCAGCGAUAAAGAGGAAGACUCGUAUAUUCAAAUAAUUGGCGACGGCCCAACAAUAAAAGACUCUCCUGGUGAUCAACCGGAGAAAAAUGGGAUAGAAGUUAAGAGGAAAAUGUACAUGAGCUUAAAGGGUGCCAAGGCUGACACCUACGCUAACCUCCGGGAAGAGGUGACAGAAGUGGAUUUUGGGAAAGGGGAGAAAAUCGAAAUGAGCCAGAACCUAAAAUCUACUAAUGGAACCUUGGAUGGCGGAGGGCCACAAAAUGAGUACGACCAUGGGUACCUUGUGGUGUUUGGUUCUGGUAAACCAUCCGAGACGUCAGAAUUGGCUGCUAAUGGAAUUCCUCCUCGUGAAGACGCAUACGAGUCACAGUAUCUUUUGCCUGUGGACUCUCAGCCAAAAGAGAUAAAAAAUCAAGAAGAGGGAAAAGAAGCUGGCGAGCGCUUUGGAGGUCAGAACAAGGCCGGUGAUCCGAAACGUAUGUCUCUGACCCCGAAGUUGCCACCGAGGGUGGUAACAUUUGGACCCAGAGCUGUUCCUGAAAUCCAAAAAUCUCAAAAUGACAAAGCUAUCGAACUUAGUGAAAUAUCAAAGAGCAACGACGAAGAUAGCUUUGGGUACCUCCUUGUCCAACACGAUGGAAACUCUGAAGCCAAAAGGUUGUCUGGUAGUCUUACAGAGAGCCUGGCGCUCCAACGAGGAACUGUCCAGACACCGACUGAUGGGGGUGCAUGUGUGGAUGACCGAAACGACGACAACUAUGACUACAUCACUUCUGAGAAGGUGAAAGACUGGAAAGGCUCCCCUGACGUCAAAAAUUCCGUACAUGUCCCAGGAAAUGACAAAGAGAGUCAUCCCAAUGGUAAACCUAAAACUGAUACAAAACCCUCCGAUGAAGAUGGUAAUGGCUAUUUGGCUGUUAUACAUGAUAGCUCAAUUGAUGACAAGCAACAACCCGAAAGACAUGAUUCCCGUGGCCACAUCACCAUUGAGCAAGGUCAUCAGGACAACACUGACGACAUUUAUGCUACGAUUCAAGACAACAAUAAUGAUCCAAACAAAGAGCCGGCUCCUACCAAUCCGGAGGCGAUAUAUGUUAAUCAAGACAAUAUCCAAAGCGCUGCUGAAGAAAACACAGAGGAUACCCACAUCUAUGCCAACAGUGACGUUCAAGAAGACUCUUCCCUUUUUGAUAUAGCUGCUCAAGAUAUCGAUAAAAGCCCGAUCUACGAUAAUGAUAUAAUGAAGGUUUAG